AUGAAUUUCCGGGGAGGUUGUUGUAUUGCGAGAUACGGUGGUGGUGCUGGUGGUGGUCAUGAUAUGUCGAAGGUGGAUCGGAUAAUGCUACGGUACCGUCCGAUUGCACCUAGACCAGUUUCCGGUGGAUCUUCUUCGCCGCCGGUGGAUUCCGUUUCUUCGAAAUCCCGGAGAGGAGGGAAGAGAAAAUAUUCAAAGGAGAACAGUAGCAGUAGCGGCGGAUCUGUUAACAGUAACGGUAACAGCAAACGGUGUAAUCGACGGAGAAACGAAAACGGAUCUGAAAUGGUAACGCUGCCUCUUCUCCCGGAGACUCCCGAGAGUGAAGUCUCGCCGUCUCAGUCGCAGGCUAGGGUUUCGGCUCCGGUUCCAUUGUGGCUGAGCUUCGGAGAUGACGGACGUUAUCAAACGGCGAGCAAGACUUCAGAUCUGACGGCGGAGACGGAAAGUGUCGUGUCGUCUUUGUUGACGGUAGAGUGUGUAACGGAAGGGGAGUACGAGUUGGCGUGUACGGACGAAGAGAGGAAGAUGAAUCUGGAGAGAGACACGUGUCCUGGUUUUAUAUCGGACGGUUCAGGGAGAGUUAUAUGGACGAACGGUUCGUACAGAGAGUUAGUGAUUGGGAAAGAAGAGAACAAGAGUAAGAAGAUGAGUGUGUGGCUUGUGAUGAAGAAGAAGCCUUUGCUAACGCAACGGACGUUCACAUGUAGAAUGAGACUGCAAUACACGUGUCGUGAUAACAAGGAAGUGAGCUCGAUUACUUCGCCUUGUGACGUUUGGAGGAUGAAUGACGGUUGUUUUGCGUGGCGGCUUGACGUUAACGCUGCGCUCUGUCUCGGACGGUGA